CAACGUAUUACAAACAGCUUAUAUAACUACGUCACUCGUGUAGUUCUACUGGUUGCAACCUGGUGCUUAAGUCGAUUAGUUUAGACGACCACAAAUUAGGUCUGUAAUAACCGCCAAAAGUUAAGCCUUUUAGUUAUCUUCAUUAAAAAAGAAUUAUCUUGAUGUCAGGGCAUUUUGUUCCAGUAGUUUUGAUGGUGAUGGUAGUGGGUUUGGGUGUAGUAAAGCCAGCCCACGCAGAAGCUACUGACACCUGGACAGGUUAUAUACAGGAUCAAGCUUUACGUUUUGCUUACCAUCUGAGUAGCCAUUCUGUUGAGAAACGGGACACAGACAGACAGGGCAAAGCUAAACUAGCUUUUGAACAUUGCGGAGAGGAUGACGAUCCAGUUUAUGUGAACAAUUUUGUAAUUGAACCCAACCCAGUGGUAGUACCAGGACCCAUUGGUGUAGGGAUGACAUUGGACGUCAGAGAAAAUCAGACAGCACCACUUCCAGUGAAACUCACCAUGAGUAAGAAACUAUCAUUGCUGUUCGGAUUGGCCGUGUGGCUGCCUAUUCCUUGUUUGCCUAACGAUGUGGGUUCGUGUACUUACAAGGAUCUAUGUAAAACUCGCCUGUUCACUGAAGGGGAAUGCCUAGACCCUGUUACAAACGACACAAUUUCCUGUGGUUGUCCAUUCGAAAAGGGGGAAUAUCGUUUACUUCCCGUUGUCUUCAACAUUUCGCGCCUUCCAUCAUCAAUGCCAAAAUACCUGUUGGAAGGUGAGUUUUACGUCAAAGCCGAGUUGAUAAAAGAUGGCAAACACCUUGCUUGUUAUUCGACGACUAUUACUCUGGAACUUUAAUACCAUUUACUGAAAACAACAACAACACAGUAACUAUAAUGCAAUGUCUACAAAAUAUAAGGUGAUAUAAAUAACAUCGACGUUUAUUUCAGCAACUGCCGAAUAAUUUCAAAUAGUAAUACUAUUAUAAUAGCUCUUUUCCUGUAACGAAAUAACAGCCAUGUUUUCAAAAAAUGCCAUAGAGUCUCAGUUUGGACCAUAUAUUGUCUUCUAUUUCAGGUUUUGGUUUUCAAGAAAAGCACGAUUGUUUUAUCAGUCUUCAUGCUUUAAAGUAAGAAAUAAUGAGAACAGUUUCAUUUUCUUUAACAUUUUGUUUCUGGAGUGUGUCGGGCAAUUUAAAUUGAAUUAAAAAUGCAAUGAAUUACAAGAAUUCAAUUUACACAAGAAAAACUCAUUAAGAGUAAACUUUAUAAACAUUGAAACUGUUUUAUUGUAAACUUUAUAAACAUUGAAACUGUUUUAU